AUGCAGACUCUGACCACAGAAACCCGGGUUGCUAAGCGACGUCGGCGGCGGAUCCCUCUGUCCUGCGAAUCCUGCCGCGUCAGGAAAUUGAAAUGUAAUAGAGAGAAGCCGUGUCAAAAUUGUACUGCUCGGGGAGAGGAGUCAGCAUGUAUCUUUCAGAGAUCGACACAUGGAGCUCUGUCAUCUUCUAGUAUAGAACAGAAUGGCCACUCGAUGCGCGAACGGAUUGACCGCUUGGAGGAGAUGGUCAAGCGACUUAUCAGCUGCAACCAGAGUGACCCGUCAACCGUUGCUCCAUCUUCCAAUGGCUUCUCCAGUGGCUCUUCAGCACUGAGAGGUGUAGAUGCUCGUAGUUCAACUAGCAUUAGCGCACUGAAGGCGGCAUGGGAUGAGCCCCCGAACGAAUCAGUUGUCUCGCAUACCUUGACGAACUCGGUUGAUGGGACCAGUCUGCUUUUCGGCCAUGUUCAGCGGGUAGAUAUCCUAGAGAUCCUGUCGUCCCUGCCGCCGAGAAAUGAAAUGAGUAAACUCAUCCAGUGGUUCUUCGAUAGAAAGAACUUUCCCAUAUCCGUUCCUCCCAUCAUACAUGAACCAACCUUUAUUCGGGAGUAUAACACCCACCUGAACAAUCCGUCUCAAAGCAAUGUCAUCUGGAUCGGAUUGCUUUUCUCCAUCCUUGGAAUUAUAACUCUCGCCAUGCAGCUUGGGGAACAAGGAUACCAAAAAGAGGCUGAGGAACGAUUCCAUCUGUACCGACUACGAACAUCACAGUGUCUAUUACUUGGUGAUAUUGCCAAAUGCUUGCCAUAUACGGUCGAGACAUUGCGUUUCAAUGCGACCGCCGAACUUAACAGGAAGGACGAUAAUAGCCGGGGCUUGUGGAUUAUGACAGGAGUUAUUGUAAGGGCGGCAGUAAAUAUGGGGUACCACCGCGACCCUGAACAUACUCCUGCUUUCUCGACCAUCGAAGGUGAAUAUAGACGACGGAUAUGGCUUUCUGUCAAGAGCAUGGAUGAAGUGGCGUCGUUUCUGUCUGGGUUCCCGCGGAUGACUCCAGCAAUUAACUCGGACGCAAAGGAACCGCUUAAUGUUCACGACUGGGAACUAGGAGAAGAUAUUAAAAGCCUCCCGCCCCCAAGGCCACUGUCCGAACCAACGGCAGCCUCGUAUCUGAUUAUCAAGGGACGCGUGUUUCACGCUCUGGGCGAGGUUAUUGACUUCAUUAACGGCCCCUGCCCGGACGACUAUACCAAGGUGAUUGAGAUCGAUCAGUUGUUGACCAAGGUGUGGUCGGAUGUUCCGAUUCAUAUGAGAGUGGAUGCGAAUGACGCAAAAUACAGCUCACCCCGGACUCCGGCCGACUAUUCAAAGUUACAGCUGGCAUGCAUGUACCACCAUGGCAUCUGUACCCUGCAUCGAAGGUUCAUCCGAAAACGUGCAACCUACCAGCCGGGCGACAUAUCCCGCUCUCGCUGCCUCACAUCGUCUCUGGCAUUGCUAGAGUACCAAAGACUACUACAGCCGUCCUGGUACGCCUACUCUCGAACACGACAAAUGCUGGCGCCUGCGGCCAUGACCAUCGCUCUUGAAUUGGCGAUAAGACGAAGAGAGUCGGGUGAGUUUUCAGCAGUCGAAUCUGACACUCUGAUCCAGGCACUGGAGGUCUCCGUUUCUCUUUGGAAGAACGCAUCGGAUUCUGGUGAUGAAACUUCAAGAGUAUACCAAAUAUUGGACGACAUGCUCCGGAGCUACCAAGCUGGCGGUGAACAGGGAGCCACAAAACCAGAGACUUAUCACUCUUCCGACCGCGGCGGAAGUUGUGGGUAUGACUAUGGCCUAUUUGAUGAAUCUGGCAUCGACUGGGCCUGGUGGGAUGAAUGGGCCAAAGAUUCUGGGCUGUGGGAAGACCAAGCCAUCCUCUUUUGA